CAAAAAAAAAACCAUAGGAAUGUUUUUGGAAGAAAUGAAAAGAAAAUAUUGAAGAAGAAGCAAAAGGAAAAAGGGAAAGAGAGAAAGACGCCGGAGAAGCGAUUCGGUGGCAAAACAGUAAAGACUCCCUUUUUAGGCCUUUUUCUCGAUUCACUUUGAUCCGAAAUCCUUGUUGCCUUGCAUUAAUCACUCAUCUUCAACAUCGUCUCCAAUUUUCUUACACUGCAUCUAUGAGUUCCUCCUCUCUUUUGCCUUUCUUCUCCUUCUCCUUCUCUUCCUCUUGAUUUUCCACAAAUGGAAUCCAUCUUCUUCGUUAAUCGGAAAGUCAAGUGUAGGACGUGAUCAAUUAGAGUCUGUUUUUGGGUUAUGGCCGAACCUACUGAUAAAGAUAAUAAACUAUGGAAAGGGUUAUUUGCUGUCGCUGGAAUCAUGACCACCCUCGUCACCUACGGAGUCUUGCAGGAAAAGAUCAUGAGAGUUCCAUAUGGGGUGAACAAAGAUUAUUUUAAGCAUUCACUGUUUCUUGUUUUUUGUAACCGCAUUACCACUUCUGCAGUUUCUGCAGGUGUUUUACUGGCAAGUAAAAAGACAGUGGACCCUGUAGCCCCAGUUUACAAAUACUGCCUUGUUUCAAUAACAAACAUAUUGACCACCACAUGUCAGUAUGAGGCCCUCAAGUAUGUCAGCUUUCCUGUUCAAACUCUGGCAAAGUGUGCUAAAAUGAUACCUGUCAUGGUGUGGGGUACCAUUAUUAUGCAAAAGAAAUAUAAGGGUCAUGACUAUUUGCUGGCUCUUAUUGUGACUCUGGGUUGUUCGAUAUUUGUUCUCUAUCCGGCAUCAGCUGAGAUUAGUCCAUACGAUAGAGGAAGGGAAAGCACUGUUUGGGGUGUCUCGCUUAUGAUUGGUUAUCUUGGGUUUGAUGGCUUUACAAGUACAUUCCAAGAUAAACUUUUCAAAGGCUACAAUAUGGACAUACACAAUCAAAUUUUCUAUACAACUUUGUGUUCUUGCAUUCUUAGUCUGACAGGUCUUAUAUUACAAGGUCAUCUACUCCCUGCAAUUGAGUUUGUUUAUCUUCAUAAGGAUUGUUUCUUCGACAUUGCAUUUCUCUCCACAGUAGCAACUGGUAGUCAAUUUUUUAUUUCUUACACAAUUCGAACUUUUGGAGCUCUGACUUUUGCCACCAUAAUGACAACAAGACAGUUGGUCAGCAUCAUGUUAUCUUGCGUAUGGUUUUCUCAUCCUCUUAGCUGGGAACAAUGGAUUGGAGCUGUUUUGGUCUUCGGUUCGAUUUAUGCUAGAAGCUUCCUGCGAAAUGCAACUCAGAAACUUCCAACUUCUGAAACGCCGGAGGACCGUUCUUCAAGCCAGACGAGCCAAUCAUCAAGCCCAGUGAACCGAUCAUCAAGCUCGGUGAGCCGAUCUUCGAGCCCAAUGAAGGAAAGUCCAUGAUUGGACCAUGUUAUAUUUGAAAAAGCCAAAGACAAGGGUUGUGGAAAAUUGGUAAGGAAGUAGAAUUUAGAAUAGGUUUGUUGUAGGUUUUCACUGCUGAAAUAUUGGUGAUAGAGAUAAUAUUUUACUGAGGCCAAUUUUCUUCUGCUUCUUGCUUUUGUUCUUAAAAUGAUCUUCUCGCUCUUUAGGUGGAAGUAGGUAAAGUUCUUUGUCCCCUCUUAGAUUGAAAA